AUGGCUUCUGGCUGUCUAAUUCACUAAUUUACGGGUUGGUUUAAAUAUAUUUUCUUUUCUUUCGCAAUUGCAGAUUUGCUUCCGUAUCAAGUAGCAGCUGAGGACAAGUUUUAUCAUGUCACAACAAGAAUUGGUUGCUUACAUUACCGACGAGAAUAAAAGAAGAAAAAGAAAAAGGAUAUUGUUGACAAAGAAGUACUUUGAGUUGUCAUGUCUUGCUCUGGCUUAUCUCAGUAUGCAAAGGACUCCUAGAAACCUUGGUUGCUUCAAUGAUGAUGAGGAAAAGGUUGCAUAUAGGAAGUACAUAUUGAAAACAACAUACGAUGGGUCCGAGAGUAAUUGCUAUGAUAAGCUACGCUUAACUAAAAGAAACUUUCAUGAUCUUUGUGCUAUGUUACGUGAGAAGUGUGGACUCAAAGAUAGCACGCUUGUCACCGUAGAAGAAAAUGUUGCUAUGUUCCUACAAGUUGUUGGACAUGGAAUUAAAAUGAGAAUGUUGGGUGGCACUUACCAGCAGUCUUUAGAGACUAUCAGUAGGAACUUCUCUACUGUGUUAUCAUCCAUCUUAUCUCUAAGUGGUGACUUCAUAAAGCUUCCUGAUCCUACUGUGAACCCUCCAAAUGAUUACAAAUGGCAGUGGUUUGGCAAUGCACUUGGAGCACUAGAAGGGUGUCAUAUUCCUUUGUUUGUCCAUACCGCUGAUAAAGGGAGAUAUAGGAAUAGACAUCAAGAGAUCACCACUAACAUGUUAGGUGUUGUUGACUGGAACAUGAAAUUUCUCUAUGUUCUACCUGGUUGGGAGGGCUCGGCAUCAGACUCGAGAGUGUUAAAAGAUGCUAUGAGGACUGAUCGUGAAGAUGCAUUUGUUGUACCACAUGGAAAGUACUACCUAGUGGAUGCUGGCUAUACCAAUGGACAUAGAUUUCUAUCACCAUUCAGAUCCACUCGGUACCAUUUGAAAGAAUGGGUUGCAAGUCAACAACAGCCCCAGAACUACAAAGAGUUAUAUAACUUGCGACAUGCUCGUGCGAGAAAUGUUGUGGAGAGAACCUUUGGAUUGUUGAAAAAAAAAUGGGCUAUCCUCCGGUCGUGUAGUUUCUUUUCCAUAGAGGACCAGGUAACACAUGUUAACAUGUUGUACUAAUAAUCCAUACUAAACAACAAAUGCUGACUAUGAAAAUAUUUGCAAAUUCGUAUUAUUAAUGCGUGUUGUGUGUUACACAACUUUGCAAGGGAUAGACAACACGUGAGGGAUAAUUUGUUGCUACAGGAAGUCGACGCUGA